AUGAGAAUGGCUGAUAAUCAGCAACGGGAAGAGCAGCCGACGUUCAGCGUCUUUGACGAGGACAACCAUCCGACGCCGCUUAACCGAGACAGCGGCGAACGCGAACGCAGGCCAGGCGGUCAUCUUCGCCUUCAUUCGGACCGCCUCUUCGACACGGACGACCUUCAGCCGGCGCUUCCCUCGCCCCCGUACAAGAAAGUCGCUUCCUCUUCCAAUCUCGCCCACGAAUACACCGAUCAGCAGACGCCGCCAUACCGCUCCAACCAGAACCUGCCGCUCAUGAGCGACUCGGAGUACGACGAGAAGGCUGCCGCUCGCGCCGAUGAGAAACGUCGCAGCUCGGAUGAGCAGCAGCACGAGCACGGCGAUGGCCACCGGCCAAAGCCUUCUGUUCAUUAUCCGUCAGAGAUGCCGGCGCCGACAUACCGCACAUUGUCUGGCAAUGGCUCGUCGACGAUAGAAGAAGAAAAUCCGUUCCGUCCUAUGCACUCUCGUCAGAGCUCGUACGCCACCGACGACGGCUCGGACGACGACGACGAGUUCGACUGGUCAGCCGAGGAAGACCUCGCCGACGAGGAGGCCAAGUUCCAACAGCAGAUGGGCACCCGUACCCGCGCGCGCGGCUGGUUCAGAAAGCUGCUCUCUCUACUCUUCGGCUCACUCAUCGGCUCGGUGCUGCUUGCUGGGAUCAUCGUCACGCCGCCACUCAUCCUCUACUUUUACUGGUACAAGCCGAACCCGACUGAGCACCGCCGCUAUGUCAUCGACAACGUCGAGGCAUGGUGCUUCUGGGCCGCCGCGAACGUCGUGAUCUCAUGGUGGCUUGCCCUAUUCGUCGAUAUCGUCCCCAUCGUCGGGCGUUUCGCUGUCGCUGCCGUGUGGGGCCAUGUCUCCGAGACUGUCAAGACCCGCAUCGAGCUCUACAAUUCGGUCAAGGGCAACAUUAAACCCGUUUUCUACGCCGCUUCGGGCUGGGUGUCAUGGAACAUCAUCUUCGAAAAUAUAUACGACCUGCAUACGGACGAUGACGUGACGAGCCGCGCCGCAUACACCGACCGCGUCGGUCAAGUCGUCGAGUUUUUCUUCUUCCUUGCGCUUGUAUGGUGCAUCCAGCGCAUGGCUUCGCACGCUAUCGCCUUUGCCUUCCACCGCGUCGCCUUCAAGGAGCGCAUCGACGAGCUCACUACUGCGCUGCGCUCUAUCGAGCGUUUGCGCGAUUAUCGGCCUAAGAAACACCGCCGCGGGCAGCGCUCUUCUCGUACGCCGCUUGCCGCAUUCCUCACCCCGGGUGCCUCUACCCCCGGUCACGAGAAGGGUUUCAACUGGAAUCGCUCGCGCGCGGGUUCCCCGGCUGGCACUGCUAGCGAGAGCGAAUGGGAAGGCGACGCCGAGGCCGAAGGUGCUACGGGUUCCUUCGGCAAGAAGAAGGGGAAGGGCAAGCGGUCCUCGCGCGUCAUGUCUGAUUCACCUACUCGCGCGAUGAGUCCUGGUAGCGCGGAGGGACCGUCUGAGGGUAGUUCUAGCCCGCAUCGCUACCCACCUCCGCCCAGCGCGACGUUUCCACCUAAUGGCAAGCGCGGUGCAGGCGGUGACGAGUCGGAUAGUAGUAGCGACGAUGCGGCAGCUAUCGCGACGAAAGCGGCUAAGGUGGUCAAGAACGCUGUUCUACACGAUGCUCGCAACAUUCAGGGCAAGGACCACACUGAAGGCAACGGCAUGGCAUGGGAUGUGUCGACGACGAGUGAAGCUAAGCGUCUGGCUCGCGUGAUCUUCCAAACUUUCCGGGAUGGCCGCCGUAAUUACCUCCUUGAGGAGGACUUCCGACCUGCAUUCGCGACCGAGGAGCAAGCGCGUGUGGCCUUCCGCGUCUUUGACAAGGACAACAAUGGAGAUAUUUCUCGGCCUGAAAUCAAGAGCACCCUUAUCAAGACGUACAAGGAGCGACGAUUUCUCUCGCGCUCGAUCCGCGAUGUCAGCGCUGCACUGCACACCCUCGACCGAAUUCUGCUCAUCUUCGCUGCCAUCAUCCUGUUCUUCAUCGCCCUUCCGGUCUUCGGUGUCGACAUCACCAACUCGCUCACUAGUUUCUAUUCGAUCGGUAUUGCCGCCAGUUUCAUCUUCAAGAACUCGGCCGCGAACAUGUUCGACGCAAUCAUGUUCCUUUUCGUCACCCACCCCUUCGAUACCGGCGACCGCUGCGCAAUUGGCACCGAGAACCUCGUCGUGAAAAAGAUGGGCCUGUUCGCUACCGUGUUCGCGCGCGCCGAUGGCACGGAGACAUACUACUUCAACAGCCAGCUCUUCAACAUGUUCAUAACAAACUGGCGCCGGAGUGAUAAGACGGCCGAGACGGUGUCUUUGCAGGUCGCGUGGCGCACGCCGGUCGAAAAACUGCAGGCGCUUGAGGAUGCGAUGAAUGAUUGGCUGCAGCACGAGGAGAACCGGUGGUUCCAGCCUUCGACGUCGAUCGUCUACCAGAACAUCUCGUACCAGCGCUACUUGGAGGUCACCCUCGGCGUAUCCCACAACGGCAAUUGGCAGGAUUGGGGUCUCCGUCUGACGCGCAAGACUGUCUUCUAUGCUGCCGUUCAGCACUUCUGUCGUCAGCUCGGGAUCAAGACAUACAACACUGUACAACCCGUGCGCUGGGUUCGUGAGGGCGAUCCGAGUUCAUGGGAUGCUGCGUACGCCGAUGAGAGUCCCGUUCCUGGCUCGCUUGAGAUGCCCGGUAGCCCCAUGAUGGAGGCUCAGCCUGGAGGCGGCGACCGCUACGCCGCGCCCAGUAAUACAGAGGGUGCUGUCGGCAGCGCAGCUACUACGGGGGGCUCCGAGGAGGUCCGCGGCAGCACAGCGCCGAAGAGUUCGUCGCAGGCCCCUGCACAGAAGAUUAGCUGGCUCGGGUUCUCACCCCGCGACGAGUCUGCGAACGUCCGCGCACGCAAGAGCAGCAAGAAGAUCCGCGGAAUCGACGGAACGAUUUAA